AUGUAUAUAGGUUGGUAUAUUAACUGCACCUACCCAUUAAAACGUCUUGCCAAGUACAACCUAUCCGGAUCUCCGCUUUUGUAUCUUCCAUGCGAGCUGGUUGUACAUACUGCGUCGUAUCUUUCCCUAGACGACUUGUUCAGCCUGCGUUUGACAUGUCGUCGUGUCGAGACGUUCCUAUUCGAAACCUUCUCGGUCGAAUUCUUUUCUGAUAGACGUUUUAUGGUUAAUGAAUGCCUGAGAUGUCUAUUGAAUAUAUCGAAGCACUCUCAUCUGUCAAGGUGCUUGUCAAGGCUGACUAUUGGGCUUGAUCGACUAUACAGCAGCGAUGCCUUGCCAAGCUUUGGGCAUCGAAAUGGCAAUGCUGAUAAUCCCCGCGUAAAGAAAGGAAUCGAGCCUUAUAAACUAGAGGAGCUUGCCGCAGAGCAGAACUGGCUAGUCAGUAGCGGGCGGUUGCAGCUGUUGCUUGGCGAGGCUCUAGGCAAUCUGGCAAAUGUGGUAGAACUUAGCUUGCGGGAUGCCAAUGCCGUGAGAGGACAUUUACGCCCCGGAUUACGACAGCGGCUUGUCAGCUACGGGACCGCCGAAAUCCGCCGACAGACAGGGGUAGAUUUCCUCAGCGACGAGCCGCAUCUUCACUCGCAAGAUCAGUUUGCCGACAUGGUAUUCUCGGCUGCUCUGUUGGCUGUCGCGAGGAGCGGAAAGCGGCUGGACGCCAUCAGCGUGGACAUACAGAAACAGGAUAUGGGAUUAUCUAGCUCGGCUUUUGUGUUCCCGAGGUCUCUUCUCGAAUCCCUUAGGCCUACUUUACAAAGCCUGCGGUCUCUCAACCUCUCCGUGAGCUUCACUUACAUAUCGCUGGGCAGCUUCGCGCACGGGUCUCUAGGUUUCCUGCGGUGGCAACCCCAUUAUCUAUUCUCGCUGCUUGAGGAGACACCUAACUUGGUUAGUCUUCGGGUGAUAUCCAAGGGACAAAGCUUCCUGCUAGAUGGGGUAAUAGAAUGGCUUGCUCGACUGGUAGACUUGUCAACCGGAAAGCAAGUUGAGAAGGCUAAAGGGUCACACAUGUACGGUGAUCUGUCUGCAAGCUUCGAUCGCAUAACGCUUUCUCAAACAUUCCACGAUUUACGGGACCUGGAGUUGGGAAAUAUGACGGCGCCAAGUGAUUCCCUCUCCAAGAUUGUCCAGCACCUCGCUGGUUCUCUACGGAAGCUAUGCUUGUGCACGAUAGGGGUAACAGUUUCCCGGGGCGACGAUGAGCUCGAUAAUGACCCCGGGAGUGCUAACGCCUGGACAUCAAUAUUCCGAGAGAUGUCUACGUAUUCCAGCUUGGAGAACCUGCAGGUUGGCCUUUUAGGCCACCACACCGUGAACUGUACGGGGAAUGCCAACGGGCACCAAGCCGUCUUCUUGAGAUCGGAAGUUGGUACGCAGUCGGGCCCGCCUGGUGGAUUAUUCGACGCUUGGUCAUACUCGGGUAGCGUCACAUCUAUGAAAGACUUCUUGCUAGAGCUCUCCUCGAAGACAAUUAUCAUCUGUACCAGGUGUAGACAGAGGAACCCGGGAUAUCAUUCCUCUGACGAAGUCCUCGAGGGGUAA